AUGGAGCGAAAAUCCCGCCGUGACGUGUCUGGCCCGCGCGUCAAGGAACACGGUGGAGCUGCGCCGCCGCCGCCGUCAUCGGCAAGAAAAUCAUCGGCGUCUCGUAUGGCAGACCGGUCCAUGAGUGGCUCUCACUCGCGUAGCGCUCGAGCCCCGGGAACGGGAGCCGAAGAACCGGGUGGUAAAAGUGAUUUUAUUAAACAGUCCUCGUCGCGUGACCCCGAGGCCACAGUGCCAAGUGUUAGUGUUAGUGACAGUGCGGAACAAUUAAGUACAAGCGGAAGCGAUUCAAGGUCACAGCUCUUGUCGCGACACACGGACGAUGAGAGCGCCCUUAUCGCCACCCCGCACCGACCUCACUCCUUGACAACGCACCAAGUAGUACGUGAUGAUUUUACUAAACAUCGCGAGGACAGCCUUGCCCAUGGGCGCGACCCUGAAGAGUUGCUCACCUAUCUGGAAGGCGACCUGCGGCCAUCGCAGCCCGUCUCACUUCGUGCCGACUAUGAGAUGACUCUCAUAGGCCGGUUCGCCACAGACGGCCUCGCACGAGUUAUGUGCGAAUAUCUCGCGCAGACCCGCAGGCGCCUUUUGGAGCAAGGCCUCUUAACAUCGCCAUUAUCAAGCGACGAACACAACGCGCUCGUCGAAGCGAGACGCGCGCAAAAAUUUUCCCUACGCCGCCCGCCACCGCCGGACUCUGACGAGGACGCCGCCGGGACGGCAGCCAAGCGUAUCUGUGCGCAGACCACGCCGCCACCUACGCAAUACAUGACGCCACAAUCACAAGCGCAGCCGGCACCGCUCUCACAAAGAGACCCGCGUCGCCGUCGCCUGGCGGAUGCGCCCAUGGUCACGGCGCCUACCACGGCACCCCCCGCACACGCCGCGCCCCGCGCGGCCCUCGCGGCCCUUGCGACGGCUCAAACAACGCCGCAAGACGCUGCUGUUUCGUACGCCGCGACGAUCGCCUCGCCGGCAGUAGCCCGCCGGCCCCUCCUUGCACCCCUGCCCCCCGCCGCGUUGAAUAAACCUAAAUAUCCGCCUUUUGUAAUUGAGGAAAUUGCGCCUUUUGUAAAAGAAGAUAAACUUGAGGCAACGCGUAACUUACACAGAGAUAUCUCAAACUCAGUGAUGCAUGCCUUUGAAGACCAUACACAUUGUAAAGAGUAUUUUUGUGACAAAAUUUGCACAAUACUGAGAUCAGGCGCUGAACAAAUAAAAAACACGCCAAUGUGGUUCCCAAUUAAAGUCAUACUGGGAUAUUUAGCCUCCAAUUCACAAACCCUUAUUGAAGGCUAUGUUAGACUACAAAUACUGUUGAAAGUUACAGCAGUUUGGUGGCAAAACAAGUUGGUGGGAAGCGAAUAA